AGCGCAUGCUUCUCUUACCCUCCACCUGCUUUCAAUUUCAUGAGUUGUAAGAUAGACCCUAUUUUUCCUUCGCAGUCUUCAACUUCAUCUUUCUCCCACAUAUUCUUGGUACCGCGCCUUGGCUAUUCGCUUUCACUAUACGCAUACUCGUCACGACAGGUGGAAAUAUUGAGAAUAGUCAUCUACUUCUACACCAUACGACGUGAAAAAGAGGAAAUUGGCUCAAUGUCACUGCGAAAAAUGACUACAACAAUGAUGUAGUAUUCAAUUUGGAACAAGUUUUGGUUUUGCUAUUACUUAUGGUUAGCUGAAGAAGUCGCUAUCAUUCAUCUUCAUUCUGUCUGCUCUGAAUACUGCGCGAGUGAGAUUAAUUCUAUUGCAUUGUAUUGUAACUGACGACUCCUAACCAACAUCAAAAUGUCAACCUCGUCUUCGUCUGCCCAAAAGCAAGACGAGAUGUCUUCGUCUACUGCAUCCGCACAGAAGAACUACGAGAUGUCGACUCCAGAGGCUCGCUGUGCGACACCAAGCACAGCUGCACCAGGUACCUGUGAAAAAAUGUUGGACAUUAGAAGCGCUUCUGAUGAAAACGAGGUUGACGGUGUGUUUGCGCCACCGAGUCGUGUAGUCGUCGAUGCGGAUGUGGAUGAGAAGGAGGAGGAGAAGAAGAAAGAGAACAUGAAGAUGGAAGCCGCGUCGACAAGAAAAGACUCCGAUCAUUCACUCAAUAUUAUGCCGAUGGAGACUUCCUCCUCUGGAACGAAGAUCAAGGAACAAACGCCGCAAGAGGAGCUGCAAGAUCGCAUCUGUCGUUUCUGCUUCGACGAGCAAGACGAUAAUGGCAAUACUGAACUUAUAUCGCCAUGUCUCUGCUCUGGAGGUCAGAAGUGGAUACAUCUGUCUUAUGACUGACUAUUGCUUCAUUGGUGUCAAAACUGAUGAUGUAACCUGAAUUAUAUCGUCUACAACAACUUCUAGUAGCUACCAAGGUUUGCUGCUGUUCUUGUUGUUGGUUCGUUGGAACAGCAUGUUCUUUUCUCCCCUCUAGGGUUACUUGGAUAAUUUUUCCACCCCCUGACAGGAGGACUAGACUUGAGUCUGUAAGUACAACUUCCACUCUAAUUCCCUUGUCUCCGUCGUUGGCAGCGAACUGUCUUGGUGACACAGCCAACGCAUCCCGCUUUUUACGAUAGAGACAUUCGUCAUAUGCGCUGCAACGUCUGCAAAAGCGAGUUUACCUGCGCGCCGCCUUCAAGACACGAUUUGAUGCAAUCCUUCACGGGUGGCGAAAUCGCAGCACUCAUACAGCAGAAAAGCAUUAUCGUGUAUUCAAUACACUAUUGCUUACUCAAUUAUCUCUCAGCCAAUUCCGCUAGAACAGGCGUUCUUGUUUUGGUGUGAUGCUGUCGUCUGGUAAGUAUUGGGCGAACCGUCUACAAACAUCAAGCUUUCCACGUACUUAUGGUCAUAUCUCAAUCUACAAUCUCCAGGUCUCACGAGUCCUUCAAUGCGGAACUAGAACGCGAACUAGCUCGUUUACCACCUUUCCUAAGGCCUAUGUGUGGUCAUGAGCAUUGGGUUCGCGCAGUCAUGUUGAUAACCAAGGUCGAAGAGCCAGAACGGACGAUCGAUAUGACACUUCAUACGUGUGCUGAGGUACUCCUUAUCUACCUUACUACUGUUGGGUGGGGGAAUUUGCUAUAAAUCAGUAGGUAAAAAUAGUUAUUGACUUUUUAUUUGACAACGGUGAGGCGAUCUUGUGAUUCAGGCAUUCAAUCGUUAUUUUUGCUUUCCGAUGUCCUCGAAGAACCAAUUUUCAGGUGCUCGCUUUCUUCCGACACCUCUACAGUGCAGACGGUACUGAGCUUUUCCCCAGGCCACCGAUGGUCCCCGGAGCUUACUUGCUUCAAGACAGCGACAGUUCAGAUUCUUCGUCCGAUGAAGAACUUGCGAGUGCGAUACUGGGAGAACCCGAGAAUGACGACGAUGGGGAUGCAAGUGAAAGUCAGGCAAACGCUAUUGAUGAUGAAGGUCUUCUGAGGAGUUGCGAUGAUGAUCGCCUAUCUGACAUUGAAGAAGAAGGAAGCGGUGAGUCCAAAAAGAGCGACAAGAAGACUGCUCAGAAUAUUAAAGUGGAUUCUUCAGAUGAAGCCGGAUCCGAACCGAAGAGACAUCGUACAGAUUCUACAACAGAAGCAGGACGAGAUGUUGAUGUUCUUGCGAAGUCCGACGUUGGACCUGCUUGGAAAGAAUUCUUGGUAGAUUUCGAGGAUUCAGAUGAAGCUGGAAGUCCUGAUAGUGAUAAGAAGAUGGAAGGUCCCAAGGAGAACAAAGUAGAGUCUACUUCCAAUAAAAAGAAGAACGAUCAUAUGAAGGACGACAAGAAGAAGAAGAACACGACCAAGCAAGAUGAUGAAACUAAGAAUCCGAAGACAUCAACAGCAACAGCAGCCUCAGCUAAAAAACCGAAAGACAACGAGAACAAACUGAAGGACAACGAAGAUAUCAAAAAAACGCCUCUCGUUCUACCGCAACGAGCCACGCGAGGCAAAGCGGUCUUUGUUAAACGGCAUGGUCCAAGUUUUAAACACAAAUUCGCAUCUGUCAACGGAGUGGCCGUGGAGCUCCUUGACCUCGAGGAAAUUCAUAAACUGGCAACUGCGAAGACGCUCUUUGAAGAUGCUGAUGAGAGUGCUUCUAAAAAGAAGUCGAAGUCGAAGAUGAAAGGUGCAACUCCAGCAAAGAAGCUAGAAAAGGUAGAUGUGGCAAAAGGAUAUGAUGACCCCAUGGGCGUUAAAGACGAUGUUGAACAACAAAAAGAUCUGGCAACUACAGGCUCGUGUAGUUCGGCAAAACAAGUUGUUACAUCAUCUUCCGCAACAUCAACACUUGCCGCAUCUUCGUCAUGCUUAGCUGCCGAAUCUUCGUGCCAGCUACCGGAAUCUGCUACGAAAAAGCCCUCCCCGCCUUCUUCCACACCUAGAAGAACCUUGAAAGAGUUCAAGAUCACACUAGAGGUCUCCGACGAAGUUACGUGUGGCGAGGACCACGUUGUCGCCGUCAAUUUGUCGCGUCGGAUCGAAGGUCCUCGUUCUGCCGCAAAGCUUCAGGCACAGCUAGCAAAAUGUGAGAUUCCAGUACGAAGGACGCAGCUUGGAGUAGAAAUUGAGCAUUACAUAGGUGGCCCUUGCGACGAACGGGACAUCAUGUGUGCGAUCACUCUUUAAGGCUGACCAGCAAUGUGGUAGCAAUGUAAACGUGACUAAUGCUAUACCCAGUACUAUGUACAUGAUUUACAUUAGACGGUACAGUAGAAGGAAAGACGAACGACUGUUGUCAUGCAGUUAGAAAAUCAAGAAUUAAAAUGGACAACUAGUACUAAGCACUUCUUAUUCCUUUCGUGCAGCUUCCUUGUCCUCGUUUAUUUUCGUAGCUCUAAUUUCCAGGCGGCAGUGGGGAUGGUUGGACAGCCUUUUGCGGUAAAAACUGCUUAAGCGAGGCAGUAGAUAUGGCCUAUGCUCGAUGGCGUAUGUCUGGACCUGCGACAACGCCUUUGAUUGGUGCUCCUGGAAGCAGUACUGCAGGUGCUUCGUCAUCGUCUUCGUCAUCUUCUUCCUCUGGCGCAUCAACAGGUGGUGCUGGAAACGACUCAUCGACAAGAACGCAGAUGAUGACCUCAACAACAUCCUUUGACGGAGAUCAAAACCACAUCUUCGGAGGUCAGAUAGUGAGAUUAGUCAGGUUAAAAGCUUGUCCAGAGCUAAACGGCGAAUUCGGAAUCGCUUUACGGUUUCACGGUCCCACCGGACGAUGGCUUGUCAGGUUGGCGAAUGGGGAAGGGAAGCAACUGAAGCCGGUCAAUCUAGAAGCGGUGGAGCCUCGAGAAAUUAAUACAACAGGAGGAGGUGGAAAAAUAGGGAAAGACGAGAGGAAAGACGAAGAAGUAGGUACCAAGAUGGAUGUAGACGAAGAUGGACGCGAUGACGACGUUGAUAAAAAAGUGGAAGAAGUGAAGGCUAAAAAUGAUGAUAGCAAAGGAACUACGGAUAGAACCGUGGGGGCUGAGCGGGAGAAGCCAAAUAAAGAAGAAAAUACAACCCAGGAGGGAAAGACGGACAAAGCAACUACUUCAACAUCUUCAAAACAAGAGGAAAAAACUGUUACUACACCAGCCCCAUCAUCAACAUCAACUUCCCCACCCGUUCCCAAGAAAGCUCGCGUCUUGUGCAUUUGGGGUGAUGCCAGGUGGUCUCGGACUCAGCUUUUAGGUGAGGUCGCACGUGGUUCGUGGGGUCUUUGUCAUGCAAACGUUUCAGAAUUCACUACGCGUGCGAGCAGUCGUUGGGACAAUACACAAGGGAGGCUAGUUUUCGCACCAUUGACAGAAAUGAGCGAGGACUAUAUGCGGAAUGCAGAAAGGGAUAUGGCUUUGGCUCGUGUGAGGAGGCAGAUGCACUUGACUUCACACGCCGAGGAUCAGUCAGAUGCGGAAACUGGUGGAGGUGAGAGCCGGAUUCAAUUGUUUCAACUCUAAAGACACUGAAAAACUUGAUUAGAAACUUCGCUCCCCAAGUCAAUCUCAAUGCGUGGUGACACGUUCACUAUACGACCUUUAAUUUCCCAAACACCCUAAAGACUCGCGCCUUGAUUCCUCAGACAUACCACCGUUUUGACACAAAACAUACAAUCAUUCGAAUUUACAUUACAGCAUGAUUUCCGUAUUGGUAUUUCCUUCCACUCAGCCGUUCCGUUGUAUUUUUGAUCAUCACAAGUCGAAUUAUAUCUCUGCUCAGUUAUCGUCGUGUACAAUUCAUGUUCUUCUACACCCCAGAAAGAGACUCAGGACGACUGAUCUUUAUUUUUACUGACUCGCCCACGCGCAUUUCCUUCAUCAUCUUGGGAUAUUGAGCUCCGAC